GGGCGGGGGUGGACCCGCGGGGGCGUUUCGCAGGCCGCGCUCUGGGCGCUUCCCGGCGACGCUCUCCUCCUCCCGCGCUGCCCGCGGGGCCCCCGGCCCCAGCCCCGCCGGCGCCUCCGCCCCGAGCGCUCCCCGCCCCUCGGAAGCGCGGACUGCGGCGGCUGGGGCCCGGGAAGGGGCCACGGCACGGGGAGUCGGCCCGGUGGGUGCGCCCUCGGGGCAUGUCCGCGCGCCGCCGCCCGGGAUACAGCGAUCCACGCGAGAUGGCCAGUAACCUAUGUGCCAGGUAGCAUUCCAUGCUAAUCCUGAAUGCCAAUAGGAAGUCACUGGACAGCAAAACUCUUCCAGGAUUGUAACUGGGCUAUCAGAGUAACCCAAAAAAGAAGAAAAAAGAAUCGAAGCCAUGGCCAAAGGAAGUAGAGUUCGGUCUACCUCUCCUCCAGAUGGAGGCUGGGGCUGGAUGAUCGUGGCUGGCUGUUUCCUUGUUACCAUCUGCACCCGGGCGGUCACCAGAUGUAUUUCAAUUUUUUUUGUGGAGUUCCAGACAUACUUCACUCAGGAUUAUGCCCAAACGGCUUGGAUCCAUUCCAUUAUAGAUUGCGUGACCAUGCUCUGUGCGCCGCUUGGGAGUGUUGUCAGUAACCACUUAUCCUGCCAAGUGGGAAUCAUGCUGGGUGGCUUGCUGGCCUCUACUGGUCUCAUCCUGGGCUCAUUCGCCACCAAUCUGAAGCAUCUCUACCUCACUUUGGGAGUUCUUACAGGUCUUGGAUUUGCACUCUGUUACUCUCCAGCGAUUGCCAUGGUCGGCAAGUAUUUCAACAGACGGAAAGCCCUGGCUUACGGGAUCGCCAUGUCCGGAAGCGGCAUCGGCACCUUCGUUCUGGCCCCCGUGGUUCAGCUCCUUAUCGAACAGUUUUCCUGGCGGGGAGCACUACUCAUCCUCGGGGGCUUUGUUCUGAAUCUCUGUGUUUGCGGUGCCUUGAUGCGGCCCAUCACCCUGAAAGAGGACCAGACGACUCCAGAGCGGAACCCCAUCAGUAGAACUCAGAAACAAGACUUUAAGCGAGUGGCUCCCUGUUCCACUUUGACUAAAAAAUGGGUGCAGACCUGCCUCUGUUGCUCUUUGCAGCAGGAAUACAGUUUUUUACUGAUGUCAGACUUUGUCGUGUUAGCCAUCUCUGUUCUCUUUAUGGCUUAUGGCUGCAGUCCUCUUUUUGUGUAUUUGGUACCUUAUGCUGUGAGUGUCGGAGUGAGUCACCAGCAAGCCGCUUUCCUUAUGUCCAUACUCGGGGUGAUUGACAUUGUUGGCAAUAUCACAUUCGGAUGGCUAACUGACAGAAGGUGCCUGAAGAAUUACCGGUAUGUCUGCUACCUCUUUGCCAUGGGACUAGAUGGGCUCUGCUAUCUCUGCCUCCCAAUGCUUCAGAGCUUUUCCCUGCUCGUGCCUUUCUCUUGUACCUUUGGCUACUUUGAUGGUGCCUACGUGACUCUGAUCCCUGUAGUGACUGCAGAAAUAGUGGGGACCACUUCUUUGUCCUCAGCGCUUGGUGUGGUGUACUUCCUUCAUGCAGUGCCGUACCUGGUGAGCCCGCCCAUUGCAGGGUGGCUUGUCGAUACGACUGGCAGCUACACGGCGGCAUUUCUUCUCUGUGGAUUUUCAAUGAUAUUCAGUUCUGUGUUGCUUGGCUUUGCUAGACUCGUAAAGAAGAGGAAAAAAACCCAGCUGCGGUUCCUUGCCAAAGAAUUGGAUCCCAAGCUGCAGCUAUGGACCAAUGGAUCGGUGGCUUAUUCUGUAGCAAGAGAGUUAGAUCACAAAGACGAUCAGUGUGUGGCUCUGACAGUGCCUGGUUACAACCCCGCAUGACCCAUGGCCUUGAGCCUGGGAAUCUUCAGGGCUGAGAGAGGUGGGACCACUGGACUGCACGUGUCUCGGAAGCAUUUAAUUUUGGCAGAGACAUUGCCUUCCGAGGAAAUCACCGUUAUUAUUUUAUUAAGUGUUUAUAGGGGAGAAUACCAAGUAACAAAGCAAGUUGGACUGGCUCAGAGUUUCCUCAUUUGCGAUUUGUACUCACAAUCGAACUUUUACCUUUCAU